AUGGGGCCGGGGCGGGCGCUGCUCCUGGGCGCGACGGUCCGGGCCGGCCUGCCCGGGCGGGCGCUGGGCGUCUGCAGCGGCGGGGGGCCCCUCGUUCUCUCUCCAUCCCGGGCGGCCGAGCCGGGGCUCCGGUGCACCGUCCGGAGGAGCGAUCUGCGGGCACGAUCCUCGGGCGGGCCCCGCCUGUACCGCGCCGCGCUCUGCACCGAGCUGCAGCAACCCCUGGUCAUCGGGGAGGUGGCGGCCCGCCCGCUGAGGCCUCUCGAGGUCAGAGUGGGAGUCCACUUCUGUGGAGUGAAUUUUGCAGACAUCUUGGCCUGCCGGGGUCAGUAUCAGGAGAACCAGCCCCUUCCAUUCACGCCUGGAAUGGAGUUUUCCGGGGUGGUGCUGGAGACGGGUGAGAACGUUAGCACAGUGAAAGAGGGUGACCGAGUUACCUGUGCCAGUGGCUCCCAGGCUAUGGGAGAGGAAUGCAUCAUUGAUCAAAAGGGUCUCUGGCAGAUCCCCGAGGGGGUUCCCUACCAAGAAGCUGCUGCCCUGCCUGUGUCUUACGGCACUGCCUUCCUGGCGCUGGAGCAUCGGGCAUGCACGAAGCAGGGGGAGACUGUUUUAGUGACAGCAGCAGCUGGAGCCACAGGUCUUGCAAUGAUAGAUGUGGCAUCCCACGUUUUCCAAGCAAAGGUGAUCGCUGCAGCUGGGAGCGAUGACAAGUGCAGACUGGCACUGGAGAGAGGGGCGGCGGCCAGCGUGAAUUACAGCCAGGUCGACCUGAAGGAGGAAGUGAAAAAGCUGACCAACGGGCGCGGGGUCGAUGUGGCCAUCGACAUGGUGGGAGGAGAUGUCUUCCUCAAAGCCCUCCACAGUCUGACGUGGGAGGGUAGGAUCGUGACGGUGGGAUUUUCUGGAGGAACUAUUCCCUCCAUCCCGGCCAACCUGUUGCUCCUGAAGAACGUGUCUGCCUUAGGGGUGUACUGGGGUCGGUACAAGGAGCAGGACUUCUCGGUCUUCUCUAGGAGCCUGAUGUCAGCUCUCCGCCACACCCAGGAGGGACGGAUCCGGCCACACAUCGGGGCAGUUUUCAAGCUGGAGGAGGUAAAUGAGGCCUUUCUCCAUGUAACCCAGCGCAAAUCCACGGGCAAAGUGGUCAUCUCCCUGAAGUGAAGCACCACUUGUCUGCUACAGGUCAUGAAGGUCAUGUUCUGGCUCUUUGCUCAUGUCGUGGUACUGUUCCUCAUCUUUCUCCUUUCCUUUUUGGCUAAGAGAAUUGCCCAGCGGACUUUGUGCAAACAUGAACUGGAAUCCCAGGCAACCUUGCUGUGUGAAGAACAUUGAGUCUCUGCAAACUGCCAAGCAUUUCAAUGUCUUACGUCAUCAAGGAUAGAGAGUUGAGCUCACUUUCCCCUUCCAGGUACCCAGGGCGCCUGCUCAAGUCAGAAUUUCUCCCCUGGGUGCCAGGAACGCCUCCUCUAGUCUCUGAAUCUUGGGGUCAGGGGACUCUGCUCUUGGGCAGUUGACUUAGCAGACCCUCAGUAGGGCAGCAUCUUCUUGCCCCCAGCCCCAAUGGUGACUCAUAGAACAUCAUCACUGGCCACAAGAGGAGUCUGGAAGGGCUUCUGAAGUUGUUAGUGGUGAGGGAGGGAAGAAUAGUUGGUUUUCCCAGCAUUACUACACUCCCACCAGCCUUCCCUUCUCUGGUUCCGUCACCUUGCCGGCUUCCAGCCUCCUUCCUAUCCUGGUCAAGCCUCAGGAAGCCAGCAUCUUGCCCUGCUUUCUCCUGGGUGCACAGAUGCCAUUGUGUGGUUCACUUGAUGAGGGUGAUGAUUUGUCAAAUUCUGGCUAGAUUGAGUUGGAUGGUGGAGAAAGUGACUCUAGGUCAUUGCGGUCUGACGGGAGGCACCACAGGUCGGACCGCAGGAGGGAAGGUUCGGGGAAAGACAGGCCCACAGCUGGCGGUGUUAAAAAAAAAAAAUUCUCUGGCAGAAAAUUCACCCAGAGGAUCAUUGAAAAUCGAGGAAAGGAUGGGGCAUAAGGAGGCAUGAGUGGAAAAUACAGAGAAACAAGCCUGGUGUCUGCUGAGGACCAGAUCCCUUUACCAUGUUAUAUUGCCUCCUCCAGGCUGCACGAGACAAAUAUGGCUGCUUAUUCCGUGCCCUACAUCAUGAGAAAGGUUCACUCCUAGUGUCUCGGCUUCCAUUGUUCGUUGUGGCUCUAAAGAUGCAGUCAUAAUAGAGAGGACAUUUCUCCGUUGUUAAAUGUGGGCUGGAAGCCGAAUGAACUUUCUGCCUCUCCAUGCUUUUUUCUCACUGGAAAAAUUUGAUUUGUAAGUAUUUGACUCAUCUUCCAUCCAUAGUUUCGUUCCAACAUCUGAGCCAUUCGUUAAUUUAAAAUCAAUGUAGCUCCUAGCGACAGAUCAUUUGUUCGAAAUUCAAAGUCCUCUCAUCCAGACUAGUUGCUGGGGAAAAUGUUCUCACCCCUUCUCACUCAGGAAGCACGCACUUCCCUCAUCAAAAUGAAAAGAGGUUUUGUGCUGACAUUUUAGCAGUGUUUUAAACCAUGAAAACCAGCCUCUCUCACCCUAUAUCACCACCUCUAUCCCCUGAAACCACUUUUUGAAUGGUCAUGCACAGAAUAGUUUGAAAAUAAUUUCCUGCACCUGUAUUGAAUCCUUUUAUUACCUUGCAAUAGUGGCAAUAAAUUCUCACUGGUACACUUU